AAAAAAAGCUCCCGAAAAUCGUUUAAAUAUAGCUCAUCGCCGGCAAUAGAGCACCAUUCGCGUGUUUGCUAAAACACGCAACGCGUCUCAAACAGUGUGUCCGGGUAUUGCGUCAAUAGUGCCUAUACAAUCGAUACGCCAUCAGUAUGAAGUGGUCCACCGGUCCAUCGCUGAUAGGAUUAUUCGCGUGUCUUGCCGUCUUGACCGAUGUCUUGACGGUGCAUGGAGCUGAAAAUCCCCGUAUCAUUAUUGUUGGUGCAGGUGCUGCCGGUAUAGCUGCCGCUAGUCGUCUAUACCAAAAGGGCUUCAGGAACAUUACCAUUCUGGAAGCAUCGCAACGCUUUGGUGGUCGUAUCCGGACGACUCCGUUCGGUGGUGGUAUUGUAGAGCUUGGCGCACAAUGGUGCCACGGGGAACAGGGCAACGUAGUGUACCAGCUGGCAUCGGUCUAUCCUGGACUGCUCAAAUCUUCUAUCAUUGCGGAUGAAGAUGCCGUGCUGAUCCGUUCGAGUGGAGUGAGAGUACCGGAAGCAGUUGCGGACCGGCUUCAAACGAUGGCGGAAGGAAUUAUUGAAUCGGAGGGAAGGGAUACGUUCGAGGGAAGCUUGGGUGAAUACUUCACGCAGGAGUAUUGGAAGAAGUUGGCUACACCUGCGUUUAAGGAUAUUAGCCGUGAACUAGCGGAACAGUUCUUGGUGUAUUAUCACAACUACGAGCGUGGCUAUACCGCAUACGAUUCCUGGUUCGAGGUGGCAGCGAGCGAAACCGAUAGCUACGUGGAACCGGCCGGUAACCAGGAUAUUGCGUGGAACGGAAAGAAAGGGUUCUCCGCCAUUCUGGACAUUAUUUCGGGGAAUUAUCCAGGAACAACGAACCAAACGCUUACACCGGUGCCAAUUAGUAAACUUAUCACCUAUGGAAAAUUCGUGUCCAACAUCCAGUGGAAAGGUUCGGCAGAUGGUGAAGUGAUUGUUACGGCACAAGAUGGCACCAGCUACGAAGCUGACCAUGUCAUCGUAACCGUUUCCUUGGGUGUACUGAAGGAGAACUACCGUACGAUGUUUACGCCUGCGUUACCAACCGUCAAUCAGCAAGCCAUCACCGGGUUGUACUUUGGGACGGUUAACAAAAUAUUCGUCCUGUUCGAUGCGCCCAUACCGGAAGAUUUCCCCAACACCGUCCAUUUGCUUUGGUACAAAUCAGAUUUGACCGCGCUACGUCAAUCACCGAAUGCUUGGGCCGAGGCCGUUUCGACCUUCUUCCGCAUCGACAACCAACCGAAUGUACUGAUGGCCUGGAUGAAUGGUGCCGAAGGAAGCCGGGCAGAGAGUCUGGAUGAUACGACCGUUAGGGAUGGCAUUCUGCAUUUGCUUCAAAUAUUUGGAAAAAAUAUUAUAUUUGGCAACAUUCAAGGUCUUUUAAGAUCCAAAUGGUCUUCGGAUCGUCUAUAUCGUGGUUCAUACUCGAGCCGCUCGAUAACAACGGAGAAUCUGAACACGGGUGCACGGCCCCUUGGAACACCUGUUAGAAAUACAGCCAACGAGCCUGUUCUGCUGUUUGCCGGUGAAGCUACCAAUCCGAUACACUACUCCACCGUCCAUGGUGCCAUUGACAGUGGGUUCCGUGAGGCAAAUCGAUUGAUCAACUACUACAGCUGAAAAGGAGAACACUACACUGCAAUUUGCAAAUGAAAAAGCAACACAUUCUUGUAAUCAGAAUCACAUCAUGGUAACCUUUGACUAGCACAUCUGAGGAAACUAUACAUUGCACAUCAAAUCAAUGAGGAUUCUUUCAAUAAAGUAACUUCAUCUGUAGACUGGCAGAAAAAUCUGCAGUGUUUUCGAAACCUGUUCCCCCUCUUUGAUUUUGCGUAAAGUUUUCUUCAAAGUGUCGACAUACCUUUCGGCUUGGCCAUUCGACUGAUGAUGGUAGGAAGAUAGGCGCAAGUGCUAAAUACCAUUUUUCUUGCAAAAAAUUGCAAACAGCGCCGAAGAAAAUUGUGCUCCUUUAGUUGAAACUAUCGCUGACGGAAUUCCAAGACAUGCAAAUAACUCAUCGAAGAAUUCGAUAACAGUGAUGUAGACGGUGAUGAAAUAAUUUUGAUUUCCGGCCACUUGCAGAAUGUGUCGAUUACUACCAAAAAGUGUUGACCAUUGAUAGUAGCAGCAAAAUCAAUAUGAAUUCUUUCCCAAGGACUUUGUGCUAAUGGCCACGACUGUAAAGGAACCUUCAAUUGUGUUUUUGAAUGUGUAGCACAGCAAAAUCAACAAAAUCCUUCAUCGGAAAUCAGCUUCAUCGAUUUUCGGCC